UUCUAGAUUUUUGCGUCGCAUGCAUUUGGUUCCGCCGAAAUAGCGUAAUUUUUAUCUCAUUUCCUUUUAAAGAAUUUUUUGAUUCACGCAACCUGAAACGAAAGUGACAUGAUAUUAAAACCAACGGUUGUCGCAUUUCACACAUUAAUAUGACCGAACAAAGAAUGUACGCAAUGAAAGUUUUUACUUUACCGGCAAGAACCGCAUUAAAUAUUUAGAAUUCAAGACACAGAAUAAAACGUGUUCCAAACAAAGUAAAGUUUUAAGCCUUGACGAGAGAGGUGAAUGUUUAACGAGCACAACAUAAAACCCGAAAUUUUUUCUAUAAAACUAUCUUCUGAGUUCAAAUUUAAUUUCACUGUACAUCCAGCAGCUAUUGAGUGACAUGGGUUUUCUACCAUCGCCCACCGAUAAGCCAUUAGAUGAACAAGAAAUCGAAAAAGAAUAUUUGCGAGUACCACGAUUUGCAUUACGUGUACUUGGAUACUGGCCUCAUGAUAAAUUGCUAAGCCUCAGAGUCUUACCGUUUACGAUACUGAGUUUGACGAUUCUAGCACUGGGAGUGGCGGCUGAGGUAUCAUUUAGCUACACACAUGUAAACAAUUUACCGUUAGCAUUGGAUGCUUUAUGUCCAGCGCUGACAAAAGGGGUAACCAUAGUGAAAUUUAUCAUGCUGUUGCUUACCAGAUCGGAAGUGGCUAAAAUGCUUAAUGAUAUCAAACAGAAAUGGAUAAAGGGUCAGCUGUUUCUAUUCGUGAAAAUUAAGAGCCAACUUAUUUUAAAGCUUCGCAGACAAAUCACCAGAAUCAUCUAUGAAAAUCUGCGAGCAACUAGAGUCGCUAUGGUGGCUGCAAUGAUUCUAAUAUGCUUUUCGAAUACGGCCAGCACGGGGUACUCUCUUCGACCACUUGGAACGAUGGUUCGGCAAUAUUAUACUGGUAAAGAAAUUGUUCGGGCUAUGCCGUUCAAGUCUGCAUAUCCGUUCGACGAGUAUGCAGACCCGAUUUACGCAUUUACAUACAUUUUCAUUAGCUCAACCGGUACAAUCUGCUGCUUCGGUUUGGCUGGAAUGGACGGAAUUUUUGUAGCAAUUUGCUUGCAUAUAUCGGCUGAAUUUCGAAUACUUAAACGGAAUUUCGAUCAACUGACUCAGGAUCAGCAGACCGUCGAGAAUGAGAGAACGAUUCAAUAUUCGAAAGCGGAAAAUGAAGAACUCAACAAGAAAUUGAAAGUACUGAUUCGUCAGCAUCAGGAAACAAUUCAAAUGAACGAUCAUAUGGUCGAACUCUUUUUAGUAAACAUCUUUUCCCAUUUUGUAUCAGCAGCUUUGGUGCUGUGCUGUGUAUCUGUCAAUUUACUACUAGCCAAGGACGCAGAAGCCAUUCUUUACAUUUGCUAUGGUAUAGCUGCGCUGACUCAGCUUCUUAUAUUUUGUGCGGGUGGAACGAUUCUCAAUAUGGCUAGUUUUGAUAUAAGUGAAGCCGCCUAUUUUUUGGAUUGGUACAAACUGGACAUUCGUAAUCAACGUCUAAUUGGUUUGAUUAUCUUACGGGCCCAGACUCCGUGUGGAAUAGUUGUGCCGUUUUUUGAAUCGUCUUUGCAAACAUUUACUACGAUUAUGAGAGCCACUGGAUCGUAUAUUGCUUUGUUUCGAACGUUUUUGGAAUAAAAACUAUAAAAACAAGGAUUUACGGC